AUGAACAAGGCACAGGAUGUAUUAUUAACAUAUGGAGAGGUGAAGAAUCUUCUGAAGAAGUGUCAAACAAGUAAAAAGUGUACAGAGAUAGAGACUAUGAAGUAUGCAGUGAAGUCAGUAAUCAGUGCACCGCAUGCACCAGUAGAGUUGAAGGAAAAGCUGCUUUCUUUCGGUAUUACAGAGUUUGAGGCUGUGCAGCUUCUCAAUGCGCCGCCAAAAAAAAUACUCGAUCUUUACGUAAUAGUGGAGGAGCUGGAGGAGCGGCUGACAGAGGAGUCUAUAGGCGAAAUAAUUGCUCUUCUUCUUCCAUAUGCAGAAUAG